AUGCUACGACCGGCCUGGCACAGAGGAGGGUGGGCACUAGGGAGUACCACAGUCUCUCCCUUACUCAUACUGCUCCUCUCCAGUCUGCAGGAUCCCCCAUUAGCUGAUGCCAUGAAGCUGACACUCAAAGAGUUGAUCUCUAAAAGGAAUGAAUAUAGGGAGAACUGCACCAGGACUUUAGCAGAAAGCAUCUUCUCAGGAACUGGAACCUACUGUAACGGGACGGUUGACCUAUUUGUGUGUUGGCCCCACUCAGCUCCUGGUAACGUGUCAGUGCCCUGCCCUUCUUACCUCCCCUGGGUCACAGAGGAUGACUCCAGGAGUGUGUACAGGCAGUGUCUGUCCAAUGGGAGCUGGCGACUCCAGGAGAAUUCUUCGGAAGCCUGGCGGGACCAGAGAGAAUGUGAUGAGAAACAUUUCUUUGAAGCCGAGGAGGAUGAGGUGUUUCGCCAAGCAGCACUGAGGGUUAUCUCCAUCGUCGGCUACGCUCUGUCCCUCUUCUCCCUCUCUCUGGCCACUCUCCUCAUGGGCAUUCUCAGGAAGCUCCACUGUACGAGGAACUACAUCCACAUGAAUCUGUUUGUGUCCUUCAUGAUGAGAGCCAUAGCCGUUUUCAUAAAGGAGAUCGUUUUACAUGUCAUGUACACCAAGCUACCCAUUGACGACCCAGGGUGGAACUCAUACUCCAACUCAGUGAUAGCGGUGGUAUGUAAGGCCUCCCGGAUGUCCAUGGAGUAUUUUGUAGCCUGUAACUACUUCUGGCUCCUGGUGGAAGCCAUCUUCCUCCACACUCUCCUCUUCACCGCCGUCCUCACCAAGAGACGGCUGCUCAAGAGAUACAUGCUCAUUGGCUGGGGUACUCCAUUCGUGUUUGUGGUGCCAUGGACAGUUACCAAGGUUUUAUUUGAAAAUGAAGGGUGCUGGGCCAAUAAGGAUAGAUGGAUCUGGUGGAUAAUAAGAGGUCCGAUCUCUUUAUCUGUGUUGGUCAUUUUCUACAUAUUCAUCAAAAUACUAAUGUUGCUGCUCUCUAAGUUAAAAGCAGACCAAGUGAGAUUCACAGACUACAGAUACAGCUUGGCCAGGGCUACACUAGUCCUGAUCCCUUUACUGGGAAUCCACGAGGUGGUUUUCACUCUCCUGAUUGACGAGUGUGUGGAGGGAAACACCCGCUAUGCCAGGAACGUCAUCAACCUCACCCUCAGCUCCUUCCAGGGACUCUUGGUUUCUGUGCUGUACUGCUUCGCCAAUGGAGAGUUCCAGGCGGAGCUGAAGAAGCACUGGCAGCUCUUCCGGUUCACUAACCACUUCCAGGUCACGCCCUGUAUUGACUACCGGGACGCGCCCCUCAAACACCUGUGGAAGUGCUCCAGAGGCCGACGCUCCCAUCAGAGAAAAUCAUAUGAGGAGGAGGGUGGGCCUGCCACACACUCACACCUGCUGCAGGUGGCCUGGCAGGGGGACGGAGGAGGGGCAGUGGCAGGGUGGAGAGGAAGGGGGAGAGAAAUGGGAGGAUUGGAGUUCCACACCAGGAAGAGUCUGUCAGGUAGUGACGGAGAGAUGACGCUGGGAGAGACCAUGGAGGAGAUGCUGGAGGAGAGCGAAUUCUGACCUCCAUCUUGUGGACCCUCCUUUUCUCUCCAGACUGAUAUGAACUGUUACGGGGUCUCGUCUCCUUAUAGAUGGAGUCAUUCCUAUAUGAUUCAAGUCCUUUGACAGACAACGGUCACUUCUUGCGUAUAAUAAUGAUGUUGUAUCUUUGUACAGAUUCUUUGUACAUAUUCUUUGUAUGGUACCUUGUGUAUCAUUGUGUAUGUGAGCAAAGUUCCAUGAUUUUAAUACUAAAUCAUAAAACACACACAGUACCAGUCAAAAGUUUGGACACAGCUACUCAUUCAAGGGUGUUUCUUUA